GGUGCCACAGGUAUGUAUUCUGUAAGCUGGAAUUUCCCGACGGUUUUUUAAGAGGACUUGGAUCGGUCCUCGUUAUGCCUCAGUCCGAGGUUUGACUUCAAGCCCAGCGGAUCGGUCCUUAGGGGUUUUAGCAAGAUGUCGUUCUUCAACUCCUUCGAGAAUUUCCUGGACAACCUGACCGACCGAUUUCGGCAUGACCUCGAAGUCAACCGCCGCGAGGACAGGGAGAUCGAGAGAGCGGACGAGCUCAACGAAUCAACUAAUGAAGUGGACGCAGCGACGCAGACCCCCAAGGUCCUGAGCGUGGACUUCCAGGCCAAACCGAACGCCGUCAACCACUUCUGCGAUAAGUACGAGAUCGUCGAGCGGCAGCAGGCGGCCAUCGUCCUUCGCAGGGGGGGGAGCUUCACCAUCGAGGUGGAGUUCAACCAGGAGCUGGAGCUGAAGAAGACCCAUGUGGUGAAGCUCUAUUUUUCUUUCGGUCAGCGUCCGAGCGCAGCGAAGGGAACCCAGGCUGCCCUUCAGGUCUCAGGCAAGAAACUCUUCGACAAGAACCAUGAGGAGUGGGACGUGCGCGUGGACGGGGUAAACGGGAAGAAAAUCACCUUCGAAAUUCAGAUCCCCACCGACGCCCCCGUGGGUGUUUGGAAUCCCGCGGUGGAGGUGAGUCUCAGGGCCACCUCCGACUCGGCCCGACAUCUCCACCGCUCCGACAUGCAUAUCUAUAUUCUCUUCAAUCCCUGGAACAAGCACGACGGGACAUACAUGUCGGACGAAGAGAAACGAGACGAAUACGUUCUGGCUGACGUAGGAAAGAUCUGGGUGGGCAACUACCCCUACCCCCACGGCCGCCCCUGGGUCUACGGGCAGUUCGACGACGCGGUGCUGCCGGCGAGCGUGCUGUUGCUCGAGAGAUCGGGCAUCCCGCCGGAGGCUCGUGGCGACCCCAUUCGCGUGUCCAGAGCCAUCUCUAAGAUGGUGAACAGCAACGACGAUAACGGCGUGAUCGUGGGUCGUUGGGACGGCAAGUACGAAGACGGGAAGUCCCCCUCGUCGUGGUCAGGCUCCAUCAAGAUCCUGGAGGAGUACAUCAAGAGCAAGCGCCCGGUCCGCUACGGCCAGUGCUGGGUCUUCGCCGGAGUUGUCAACACAGUGUGUCGUGCUCUCGGUCUGCCCAGUCGAGUGGUCAGUAACUUCGCCUCAGCCCACGACACCAACUUCUCCCUCACCAUAGACGAAUACGUUGACGAAAAGGGCGACGAGAUCGAUUCCUCAUACCGGGGAGAAGCACCUGGAGGCCUGUACGAUUCCAUCUGGAACUUCCACGUUUGGAAUGACGUGUGGAUGACCCGACCUGACCUGCCACAGGGUUACAGUGGCUGGCAAGUCAUCGACGCAACGCCACAGGAAGCAAGUGAUGGUUCCUUCCAGUGCGGGCCAGCGUCCCACGAGGCCAUCCGCAGAGGUCAAAUGGAAUACAAAUACGACGUGCCUUUCGUGCUGGCCGAGGUCAAUGCAGACGUCGUGCACUGGCAGAAGGACGACAAGGCGCAGGACGGAUUCAAGAAGCUCACCACGAACAAGAGGAGCGUCGGUCGCCAGGUGCUGACCAAGAAGGUAGGACCCGCAGUCGGUUUAUUCAACGACGACAAGGAAGACAUAACGCUGGAAUACAAGCCUAAGGAAGGUACAACGGCAGAGAGGGUCACACUCCUAACGGCUGCCCGAAGGACCCGCGCUGCCAGACACGCCUUCCGUCUCAUGUCCCAGGAAGUAGAUGACGUUGAAUUUACUCUCGAGGACAUAGUGAAAGUGCCCAUUGGCGAAGGAUACACUGUAACACUCAAUUGCAAGAACGUUAGCGAGGCCAAGAGAACCGUGAGUGUGGUAAUGAACUGCACCAGUAUGUACUACACAGGCGCCCCCGCUUACCCGAUAAAGCGCCGUGAGGGAGAAAUCGUCCUCGAAGUUGGAGAAACCAAGAACAUGACCAUGGAAGUGACGUACGGUGACUAUUACGAGAAACUGGUCGAACACGCCAUGGUAAAGAACGUGGCGAUUUGCACCGUGGCGGAAACCUCUUAUGCGUGGGUGGGCGACGAUAGCAUGGAGAUACAGAAGCCGGAUAUCAAGAUCGAGAUCCUGUCGGAGGCCAAGGAGGGAUUACCUCUCUCCAUCAGGAUUUCCUUCACCAAUCCCCUGCCGAUAACCCUCAGGAACUGCGAGCUGGAGGUAGAUGGGCCCGGCCUCCUGCGCCCUAAGACUAUACCGAUCAGCAACGUGGGCCCCAGCGAGGAAAUGGUCUACGAGAUGAAGGUAUACCCAAAGAAACCCAAACACUGCACGCUGGUCGUGACCUUCAACUCCAGCCAGCUGUACAACCUUACGGGGGCAACUCAGGUCACCAUCAAUCCGGCAGAGUGAUAGCGUGGGGAUUUUGUGAGCUGCAAAGGAAGGAUUUUGAAGAAUGCUAUCUCUCCUCCUCCCCCCUCAAAAGAAGGAAAAAUAAAAAAAGGAUAUAUGCUGUUAUUAUUAUUGUUUAUUGUAACUGCUGUUAUUUUUUCACUGAUGACAAAAAAUUGAUAUUCAUUUAUACGCAUUUCCAGGUUAUUCAAGAAUUUAGAAGAAUAUAAGACCAAAGAAAUUGUGUUAUUUUAACUUAUUUAUUAUUAUUUUUUUUUACUGAUUUAUAAAGAUGGCAUUCGAGAAAUAUCUCAUGGCCUUAAUCUUUUUUACAUUGCUGGUUAUUCAUGCAUGAAUUUGUAUUUCCAGAACUUGUUAUUUGAUAAACCUGCUUUAGGCUCUGAUACCAAAUAACUACUCAUAACGGACAGUCGCUCAUACUGACACUUAUUAUAGGAACAAGCUGAUUAGUGCAUUUGGCAUUGCAACCGGGUUAUGUUGGCGAAUUGCAUGGUUUUUACAGCCUGCUUAUGUUGGCAAAUUGCAUGAUUUUCACAGAAUGCUUAUGUUGACGAACUGCAUGAUUUUCACAGCCUGCUUAUGUUGACAUAUUGCAUGAAUUUACAGCCUGCUUGUGCUGGCGAACUGCAUGAAUUUUACUUGUAGUUUAUGGUGGCAGAUUGCAUGAUUUUCACAGCCUGCUUAUGUUUGCUAGCAACAUGAUUUUCACAAGCAGUUCAUGUUGGCGAAUUGGUUGAUUUCAUAACCAGCUGAAGUUGGGGAUUUGUAUGAUUUCCAUAAGUAGUUUAUGUUGGCAAAGUGCAUGAUUUUCUUUGAUUCGAGUUUGAAAGUUUUUUUUUCAGAAUGAAGCUAGGUGAUAGGCCUAUCGGCAACAUUUCAUUAUUUUCAAUGAUUCGAUUUGUCUGUAUAAUCACCAUGACAUUAAUAUUUCUGCGUCGUGUCUGUUUCAUUUCAUGUAUGCAUUUGUCCUGUCCCUUAUUGUGUGUGCCUUUAAAAUAAAAGAAUAUACCUAAA